ACCCGGAGAUCAUGAGGACCGAUGUUGUGAAGGCUGGAACAGGUAGGAGGAAUACCGGAGCUCCAUAAUCCAGAUAUAAAAAAGGGGCUACGGAGUGUCGACUUUUCCAGGACCGAGAGCUCGCCAGCGCCAUCCUGCCACUCGUCCUGCAGCUUUGAAGUCAUGGCCCUCAAAUCGCUCCUGUUGACCUCGCUGGCAACGGCCGGCCUUGUGGUCGCCGAUGGCCUCAACGUCCGGGCUAAGGCCGCUGGGAAGAAGUAUUUUGGCACUGAGAUCAGCACGACCGUCAUGAACGACGCGAACGCCAACAACAUCGCCAAGAACUCGCAGGACUUCGGCCAGUACACAUGCGAGAACGAGAUGAAGUUCGACGCGCUCGAGCCGUCCCGCGGCACCUUCAACUACGCCAAUGCGGACCGGAUAGUGGCCCAGGCGCAAGCCAACGGCAUGCUCAUGCGCUGCCACAACCUCGUCUGGCACAACCAAGUGCCGUCGUGGGUGACCAAUGGCCACUUCGACAACGCGACGCUGAUCAGCAUCAUGAAGAACCACAUCGCCAACGUGGUGGGCCACUACAAGGGCAAGUGCUACGCCUGGGAUGUGGUCAACGAGGCCCUGAACGAGGACGGCACGUACCGCACGUCGGGCUCCGUCUGGGGCUCGACCAUCGGCCCGGCCUACAUCCCGAUCGCCUUCGCGGCGGCGGCGGAGGCCGACCCAGACGCGAAGCUCUACUACAACGACUACAACUGCGACCGCGCUGGCGCCAAGGCCACGGGCGCGCAGAACCUGAUCAAGAUGGUCAAGCAGUACGGCGCGCCGAUCCACGGCUUCGGCAUGCAGGGCCACCUGACGACGGGACAGGUGGGCUCGGCGUCGCAGUACGUGAGCAACAUGCAGGCGUUCGCGGCGCUCGGCGUCGAGGUGGCCUUCACGGAGCUGGACAUCGCGACGCCGUCCAGCAACCCCAACUUCCAGCAGCAGGCGACCGACUACGCGACCAUCGUGUCGGCGUGCAAGCAGGUCGACGCCUGCGUCGGAAUCACCACCUGGGGCUUCACCGACAAAUACACCUGGAUCAGCAACUCGGACCCGCUGCCCUGGGACUCCAACCUGCAGAAGAAGCCGGCGUACACCGCGAUCCUGAACGCCUGGGGCUCGUCGCCGCCGCCUUCGACGACGACGACCACGGCCGCGACGACCACAACGCCGCCGAGCGGGGGUGGCGGCAACGGAUGCACCGCGCCGCACUGGGCCCAGUGCGGUGGCAUCGGCUACUCGGGCUGCACCACCUGCGAGGCUCCCUACACGUGCAAGUACUCCAACGACUGGUACUCUCAGUGCUUGUAAUGGGUGGAUGAACCGCGCGAAUUGUAGGGUGGCAGUCCAAGGGUAGGGGUCCGAGGCAUCACUGCGAGGCGAGGCUCGGUGCAGUUCGUCCGACUCGCCAACAUCCUUUCUUUCUACCUUCCAAGUACAUAGCUAUCUAGGUACAUAACUUUGUCCCAAUCUACUGUUGACUCUGAGUUCGUCUUGAGGCAGAAGUGUCAGAGUCAAGGCAGUGCCGAGAGAAACAACGCCUCUCAUUGGGGCGCAUCACGCCCUCAUGGGUACCACAAUUAUCGACGGUUAUUAACGUAGCAUCCCGAAGUCGUU